AGAGCUAAGACUCAGGGCUCCGUGCACAUCUGCAGGCAGCCAGCCGGGCACCGCGCGGCGGGGCGCGCUCUCGCCGGCCCUGCGCUCUCGCUCUCGGAUGGGCGUCUGCUGGCGGCCGGCUGCGGUCGAGCUGGAAGCGGCAGCCGCGGGAGAUCAAACUUAGACCGUGCUGUGGACUAUAGACUCGGAGCGAAGCGAGGGAGAGGGAGAGAAAGCGACAAGGGGCCCGAGGAGGAGGAGGCUUCCAUCACGUCAUUGCAGGAUGUUCCGGAGGCUUUCCCUGUCCUUGUUCCUGGUGGCCGUGCUGGUGAGGGUGGCGGAAGCCCGGAAGAACCGACCGGCGGGCGCCAUCCCCUCGCCUUACAAGGACGGCAGCAGCAACAACUCGGAGAGAUGGCAGCACCAGAUCAAGGAGGUGCUGGCCUCCAGCCAGGAGGCCCUGGUGGUCACCGAGCGCAAGUACCUCAAGAGUGACUGGUGCAAGACGCAGCCGCUGCGGCAGACGGUGAGCGAGGAGGGCUGCCGCAGCCGCACCAUCCUCAACCGCUUCUGCUACGGCCAGUGCAACUCCUUCUACAUCCCGCGGCACGUGAAGAAGGAGGAGGAGUCCUUCCAGUCCUGCGCCUUCUGCAAGCCCCAGCGCGUCACCUCCGUCCUCGUGGAGCUCGAAUGCCCCGGCCUGGACCCCCCCUUCCGACUCAAGAAAAUCCAGAAGGUGAAGCAGUGCAGGUGCAUGUCCGUGAACCUGAGCGACUCGGACAAGCAGUGAGCCCCGGAGGGCGCAGCCCCGCACCGCGCGCGCCCCCGCCGCUGGGUCGCGCCGCCACCGCCGCCGCUGCCCCCGCCCUGUCCUCCGAGCCCACUCACGAGCUGCCUGGUGUCCCCCGCCCCCUCCGCGGUAAGCACGUCUCUUGGGGCUGACGGUGUCCUUGUCCAGAACAUGGACCCGCCGCAAGUGGAGCUUUGCUGUGUGUCCCUGACCGACCCCGGGCCCCACCAGUGCCUCCCGAACCGGGUUGUGGAUCAGGCCCGAAGGAAAAGGCUGGAAAACCACCACCGCCCGCCACCCAGCCGUCGGAGAGGACCUUUCGGGUGAUGCACUGUCAGUCUGGCAGUGAUGUUUCCACCAUGUGGAAAAGCGAGUAUUUCCCUGGCCUCCCCCUACACUCCGGCUCGCCCCCCUCCCGCGCAAAGCGGAGGGCGAAGGAUGUGCCACUCUGCUGUCCCCAAGCCUCUCCCGCUGGUCCCUGGACCUCUGGCUGGGCGCGCUCGCUCUGUGAUCCGCAGGCUGCCCUCGGCCGCUACUGUCACGCGGCUGUGGACAACUCACAUGAAGAUGUCCAGGGACAGGGGGUCUCUUCACAAACCUGACACCAAGAAGACAAUUUGAGCCACUUGGAUCCCUAAGUGGGCUUCCCUGGGGACCUCGCUCACAGCAGGCCACGCCUUCCCCCACCCUGAGCCGCCAUCGCCCCUUCUUCCUCACUCUCCCCACCCCACCCCCUGUGGACUGAAGAUGAACUCUGGUGUGCAUGCUAUUAUCGCUGCAGUUAGAAUAUUAUCACACACAAAGGUCUCUGUAUUAACGCUGGUUUUAUAAUUGACCUAUAUUGUAAAGAGCUGUUUUAAAAAAAAGUAUUAUAGACCUAUCCA